AUGUAUCAGAUUGUAAGGAAGCUGCAAGCUAUAAAAUUCAGACUCAGAGAGUUGAAUAAGAACAAUUUUUCUGAUAUUUCCCUAAGAGUUAAGAAGCAGAGAGAUAGACUGGAUAUCCUGCAAAGAGAUCUCCAGUUUGACCCUCUAAAUCAGUACCUUAUCAGUGAGGAGAAGGCCAUGACUAUUCACAUGAGAUUCCUUCUCCACUGUGAAGAAAGUUUCUUUAAGCAGAAGUCUAAAAUUGACUGGCUGAAGUUGGGAGAUGCCAACACUAGAUACUUCCACAACUCUGUGAAGCAAAGGACAGCCAUUAAUAGUAUUCAUGUUCUGAGUUAUUUUAAUAACUCUGAGGAUCAGAGGAAGCAUAUCAACUAUGACACCUUCAAGCAAGGAAAUAACAUUACAGUUGAGGAAGGGGAGAGUCUGAUGAAGAAUGUUACUGAGACUGAGGUGAAAGAGGUUGUGUUCUCAAUAGGGUCUGACAAAGCAGCAGGGCCAGAUGGACCUAUAGCUUGUUGUAAUGUGUUGUAUAAAAUUGUUACUAAGGUCAUCACUAAAAGACUUAGUCCCAUUCUGAUGAACAUUGUGUCUAGUAAAUAUUCAACCUUUAUCCCUAGAAGGUUUAUUGCCCACAACAUCAUGCUGGCUCGUGAGCUAGUUACGAACUAUCAUAGGAAUACUGGCUCUCCUAGGUGUCUCUUAAAAAUUGACCUUAAAAAAGCUUAUGAUUCCAUCUCUUGGGAUUUCAUUGAGGAGAUGCUCAUUGGUCUCAAAUUCCCUUCUAAAUUCAUUUUCUCUUAUUAUGGAUUGUGUGAGAACUCCUAG